UGAGUCACCAUUUUAGAUGCAACCCUUAUCAACGAAAAAUAGAUGCAAAAACAUUAUUUAUUUAUUAAUUAAUUAAGAAAAAUCACAGAGAAUUAUUUAGGCAGGCGGGCCACACAAUAUAUAAAUUUAGCGGAAAGAAGUUUCAAUGGACGCCAUUGAAGAAGCUCCCAAGCUCAACGUUUUUUCCUUUGGAAAACACCCCACAUCUCUCUGUCCAUUUCCUUAUAUAGCCACAACCAUCCGGAUUUAACUGUUAUUCCUUUUUCCUUGUAUGUUAUAUUCAUCCCUCUGCCUGUGCAUCUGCGUUAUUCAUCAUUAUACGCCGACAAACAGCCGCGGGUAGCCUUGCCUCUGACCGGAGAUUCCGUUGAGAAAUCGGCACCGGAGUAAAUAAAUUUUAUUUUUUAAUCAUUUUUGUUGUUAUGGAUAAUCGCGACGGCCAUGAUUGUGCUCGCGGAGAAGAGGAUGUGGAGAAUGAGGGGGAAAGAGAUUGGCCGUACGAAAGGAGGGAUAGCCGUGCGUCGUCGUUUUGGGAGCGAGAGGGCACCGUGAGAGAGCCGCUGCUGAGCUCCAGAAGCAGAGUCAACGCCACUUCUCAGAUCGCCAUUGUUGGCUCCAAGGUUUAUCCCAUCGAGAGCCUCGAUUACGAGUUCUUUGCGGCAUUUGUAGCAUUUGCUGGCAUGAAUCUGAUACUAGCAAUUUGUGCUGCUGCACUUUGUGCGUUCAUUGCCCCAGCAGCAGCUGGGUCUGGCAUACCUGAGGUGAAGGCCUACCUUAAUGGAGUGGAUGCUCAUUCCAUUUUGGCUCCCAGUACCCUAUUUGUAAAGAUUUUUGGUUCCGUUUUUGGAGUUUCUGCUGGAUUUGUAGUUGGUAAGGAAGGACCCAUGGUGCAUACUGGUGCAUGUAUAGCAAAUUUACUCGGACAAGGUGGCUCUCGCAAGUACCAUUUGACAUGGAAAUGGCUCAGAUACUUUAAAAAUGACCGAGACCGUAGGGAUUUGAUUACAUGUGGAGCCGCUGCUGGUGUGGCCGCUGCCUUCCGUGCUCCAGUUGGUGGUGUACUUUUCGCACUUGAAGAAGCAGCCUCAUGGUAUAACUCUCCCUUUCCAACUUCCCUCAUCUUUCAUUCAAUCUCUCGGCUCACGUUCAGAACAGCCAGAUAUUUAUUGAAGAAAUUGUGGCGGAGUGCGCUUCUUUGGAGGGCCUUCUUCACCACUGCCGUUGUGGCUGUGGUUUUAAGAUCCCUCAUCAGCUUUUGCCGAAGUGGGAAAUGCGGACUCUUCGGCCAGGGAGGUUUGAUCAUGUUCGACGUGAACUCUACUGUCCCCGCCUAUAACUCAACCGACCUGCUCGCGGUCAUAGUCAUUGGGGUCCUCGGUGGCCUUUUCGGCUGCCUCUACAAUUAUCUCGUCGACAAGGUCCUCAGGACUUACAGCUUCAUCAACGAGAGAGGCCGUGGAUUCAAGAUCUGCCUCGUGAUCGUCAUCUCCCUCCUGACGUCCUGCUGCGCGUACGGCCUCCCGUGGCUUGCCCCGUGCACCCCUUGCCCCGCCAACCUGGCCUCCGGCGAGCAGUGCCCCACCGUCGGCCGCUCGGGCAACUACAAGAACUUCCAGUGCCCCCCCGGCCACUACAACGACCUCGCCUCCCUCCUCCUCAACACCAACGACGACGCCAUCCGCAACCUCCUCAGCUCCAGCAACCGCGACGAGUUCCACGUCUCCACCCUCCUCGCCUUCUUCCUCGCCGUCUUCUCCCUCGGCAUCCUCACCUACGGCAUUGCCAUCCCCUCCGGCCUCUUCAUCCCCGUCAUCCUCGCCGGCGCCUCCUACGGCCGCCUCGCCGGCCGCCUCGCCGGCCCCGUCUCCAGCCUCGACUCUGGCCUCUUCGCCCUCCUCGGCGCCGCCUCCUUCCUCGGCGGCACCAUGCGCAUGACCGUCUCCCUCUGCGUCAUCCUCCUCGAGCUCACCAACGACCUCCUCAUGCUCCCACUCAUGAUGCUCGUCCUCUUGAUCUCGAAAACCGUGGCCGAUAGUUUCAAUAAAGGCGUUUACGACCAGAUUGUCAAGAUGAAGGGGCUUCCGUACAUGGAGGCGCACGCGGAGCCGUACAUGCGACACCUGGCGGCGGGGGACGUUUGUGCGGGCCCGCUUAUAACUUUUGCAGGAGUCGAGAGGGUUGGGACUAUUGUGCACGCGUUGAGGAUGACGGGGCAUAAUGGGUUUCCAGUGGUGGAAGAGCCGCCGUUUUCGGAUGCGCCGGAGUUGUGUGGGCUUGUUCUGAGGGCUCAUUUGCUGGUUUUAUUGAAUAGGAAGAAGUUUACGAAGAAUAAAGUGUUGUCGGGUUCGGAGUUACUGAGGGUGUUCCAUGCUUUUGAUUUUGCCAAGGCUGGGUCGGGAAAGGGGCUGAAAGUUGAGGAUUUGGAUUUGAGCGAAGAGGAGAUGGAGAUGUACGUGGAUCUUCACCCGAUCACGAACACGUCUCCUUAUAUGGUGGUGGAGACCAUGUCUCUCGCCAAAGCUGCGCUGCUGUUCCGGGAACUUGGGCUCAGGCAUUUGUGUGUCGUCCCGAAGAAAAAUGGGCGGCCCCCAGUUGCUGGAAUCUUGACGAGGCACGAUUUCAUGCCAGAGCAUGUUUUGGGACUCUACCCACACCUCAAGCACCACGAGUAGCCAGUUCAUAUUGUGUUAAUAAAUCUUUACGAUCGAACAAUCGGUAUACUUGACAAGAGACUGGUGGAUGCCUGAAGAACAUAUCUGUUUUUGGAAAUCCACAGGUUUCUUGCCCAAAUUGCUUGCAUUCCACUUCCCAAAAAUGCAUAUAUUUAUUUCGCUUGCGAGUAGGAAACAGGUCUAUGUAUUGGACUAAGUGUAUUGUGUGAUGGUUCAUUCUUUUGGACAAUAUUGUUCCUUAGACUACAUCAUUGUUGUACAGAACUGGAUCUCUGUACUGGACUAUUAAUGUAGAAAAAAUUAAGUUUUGUUACUAGAAAUUUUGGUCGUUUGAACUAUUAAUUACUGCUAUUGGCUAUUUUUUUUUUUUUUUUUCU